AGUGUUUUUAAUCUGCAUAUAAAAAUAAGCAAACCUACACAGCUCGUUAAUGAACUGCCAGGAGGCAAUACUCGCGUAAAUGAAAAUAACCCAAUUCCUCUCCACUAAUCCCUCCGUUCUUUUUAUCUCAGGCUUCGGGAACGACGUUCAGACCAAUAUGGGAUACUGAGAUAGCAGGACACACACAUGAUGCAUCGCAGGCUCGGGAAGAACAAAAUAAACAGUACUUUAAAAAAAAAUCUAACUAUCUUCUAUAUUUGAUAGUGAAGUUUCGGAGAGAAAAUGGUUCAAGGUUUUAGUCUGUGUUUCUGCUUGGCAUUACUUUACCUCGGACGGUGUGUAUGCAGCACGUGUCCGUUUCAAUGUAGCUGUUUCUUUCACAAACUAUCGGACGGAUCCAAAGCAAGGAGUGUCCUUUGCAAUGACCCAGAGAUCACUCUGAUCCCACCCAACUUUCCUACAGACACCUCGAAACUGCGGAUCGAGAAGACUGCCAUCACAAGGAUCUCCAGCGAAACCUUUCACUACCUCAACAGUUUGGAAUUGCUCUGCAUGUCUUUCAACUCUCUGAACUCUUUGAAUGUAGACAGCUUCCGUGGCCUGAGAAGUCUGGAUGAGCUGAGACUGGAAGGGAACGCUCUCAUCUCUUUCCCCUGGGAAUCUCUGACUGAUAUGCCCGACCUGAGGCUACUGGACUUGCAUAAUAAUAAGAUAUCGUCGAUCCCGGCCGAGGCGGCCAUCUAUAUCAAGAACCUGACCUACCUGGACUUAUCUAGCAACAGCCUAGUCACAGUUCCUCCUGAGGUUCUCUUUACGUGGUUAUCUGUGAAACCAUCUCAAGGAGAUGGGGAAAGUUCCAAAUAUAUUCUAGGUCUCCAUGACAACCCGUGGCUGUGCGACUGCCGGCUCUAUGACGUGGUCCAGUUCCAGAAGUCUCCGUCGUCAUCCGUGACUCUGAUCGACACCAGGCUGCACUGCGCGGACCCAGAGAGCCUGUCGGGGGUGUCGUUCAGCGAGACGGAGCUCCGGAAGUGCCAGGAGCCCCGUGUCCACACGGCUGUGGCCCGGGUCAGGAGCUCCCUGGGGAACAACGUCCUGCUGCGCUGUGGGACAAUCGGAGUCCCGGUACCAGAGCUGUCCUGGACCCGGGCAGACGGCAAACAGAUGAACGGCACUGUUGAGGAAGAAGUUUCAAAGGAGGGAAUCAUUUGGUCCAUCCUGAGUGUUCGUGCUGUCUCUUACAGGGACUCUGGGAAAUACAUCUGCAAAGCGACCAACUUCCUGGGGACUGCAGAUGCCAUCAUCUCCCUAGUUAUCACAGACUCCUUAAAAAAUGAGGAACAAGGUGGCAGCUCCAAGACUAGAAAACAAAGGGGACGGAAAACCGGUGGGUUUGGGAAAGCUGCCUACCAGGAUAAACUUGUUGCAAAAUACCUACCAACCACCACGGCAGCCACGCCCAUCACCGAACCACUAGGCCCGGGCGGUUUUACAGGACAGUAUGAUAUCGAGAGCUACGAUAUCUCCAACAGCGUGGUUGACGGACAGACGCCCGGUCCUCCCAUCACGGAGACGGCGAUGCAGGAAGUGGAGAAGAAGGUCCUUAGCAACCUAGCAGCCAACGCCUCUUCUUUACAGGCGCCGGCACCACCGGAGAAACGGGUGGUGCGUUCGGUGAAGAUAAUCGGGGACACCGACCACACCGUCUCCCUGAACUGGCGGGCCCCGGCGGCCAAGAACACCACCGAGUUCAGCGUCCUGUACGCCGUGUUCGGCGAGAGGGACAUGCGGAGGAUCAACGUCGCUGCGGGAAAGAACCGGAUCACUAUUGAGGGCCUUGUGCCAAGGACAAAGUACAUCGCCUGCGUCUGCGUCAAAGGCCUGAUCCCUAAAAAGGAGCAGUGUGUAAUCUUCUCAACGGACGAGGCAGCCAGCGCAAGCGGCACCCAGAAGCUCAUUAACGUGGUGGUGAUCACCGUGGCCUGCGUGAUCGCUGUCCCCCUGACACUGAUCGUCUGCUGCGGGGCGCUCAAGAAGCGCUGCAAAAAGCUACUGGGGAGAAAAUCCAAAGAUAUCCAAGAAUCAUAUGUGACAUUCGAGACCCUAUCCCCGGGACAGAACCCUAAGGGGAUGGAGGGGGAGUACCUUGCCAGGCAACAGCCAGACGAGUCCAACAGACUGCUCUCUGCUAGGUGCAGUGUGGACUCCGAGGCCAUUUGUAGAACUGAGGGACCGCCUAACGAGUACUUUUGUUGAUACCAACUGAUGGCCUCAAGCCUUUAGAGGGCAGAGAAAGUAUGUCCUUUCCAAGCAGAACUUAAAUAUUUGAUACUAAGGUUUUGUAUGAUUUCAGCCAGUAGUUGACAAUAGCAUGAGUGAAACUGCUCAGAGACUGGACAGAAACAAAAGGCUAGUUGCAUUGACACUCUUUCCUUUGGAAAAAAAACGUGUGGUGAAUAUGUGAGUUAGAUAAAUAAAUGUUGACAUAAGUGUGAUUAUGGGAAUACAGGCAACCCUUGACCUGGUGAACUGUAAUAAAUAACAUAAGUGUGAUUAUGGGAAUACAGGCAACCCUUGACCUGGUGAACUGUAAUAAAUAAAAAAAUUAUAUAUAUAUUUUUUUCAUAAAUGAUUUCUGAUCUGCAAAGAAACAUUUUGUAUUUGUCAUGCACUUUUAAGGGCAGUAUUUAACUUUUCCAAAAUUCCCUGGUUUUACAGAAAUUCUGUGUGGAAGAUUCCCAGACUCAGAAUGGAAUAAGGAACUCUAAAUGGCCCAUUCUACUAGAAUACAUUAAGCCCAUCUUCUUAAUGACGUUUUGCAAGGAGAAAGAGGAAUGACAGUUAUUCUGGAGUUCAUCUGACAGUUAUUCUGGAGUUCAUCUGACAGUUAUUCUGGAGUUCAUCUGACAGUUAUUCUGGAGUUCAUCUGACAGUUAUUCUGGAGUUCAUCUGACAGUUAUUCUGGAGUUCAUCUGACAGUUAUUCUGGAGUUCAUCUGACAGUUAUUCUGGAGUUCAUCUGACAGUUAUUCUGGAGUUCAUCUGACAGUUAUUCUGGAGUUCAUCUGACAGUUAUUCUGGAGUUAUUAUUAUGUUAUUUGACAAAAUAAAGUAUUUGUAAAGUAUUGUUGAAGCAGAACUCAUCUCUAGUGAUAUUUUAUACUUUUUUUGUAUUUACCAUGUAUGUUAAUGUGCCAGCUUUACUGUCCAAUCAAAGCUAACGUACUAUAUAUUUUGUAAUAUGUAUCUAUGAUCUGAUGUGUAUGUAUAAAUGUAUGACUAAAUAAAAACUUUUUUUU